AUCCGCGCAGAAACGCUCAUCGUAGCUAAACUGUGGUUUGUGACAUUCUAGUUAGCUUCCUCCAGGGCUGAAACAGCAGAAAAUAUCUUUGGUUCCCGUAUUUCCAUGGCAGUGCGGCGUCUCUGAGGUUGUGAGCGUUGCGAUGUCGGGUGCUAUGGGAGCCGCACUGAGCUGCACGGGGAACGAGAGACCAAACACCGAACAGAACCAAACUGAGGGGAGGACAGAGAGUGAAAGAAGACACCUAAUGCCAAGCACCAUGGAAGAGUUUAAAGUCCAGAGCGCUAAGCACCCCACACCAAACAGCACACCUCUACGUGUUCCCAGCGAGCACUCCAGAGAGCGAGCCAAGCGUCUCUCCACAGAGUCUAACGGGACCAGCGAAGGAGCUGCCGGCUCCAGGACCCCGGUAGAGCUCACGCCACUUGAAGAGGCUUUUAGACGCUUCGCCAUCCACGGAGACACCCGCGCCACCGGGAAGGACCUGCACGGCAAGAACUGGUCCAAAUUGUGCAAGGACUGCGGCGUCAUAGACAACAAAUUCAUCACCCUCACGGACGUCGACAUCGUCUUCUCAAAAGUCAAGAACAAAUCAGCCCGCACCAUCACCUACAACCAGUUCAAGGAGGCUCUUUCUGAAUUAGCCAUUAAGCGCUUCAAAGAUAAAACCGCCGAGGAAGCAGCGGAGGAGGUCUUCAAGAUGAUCGAAGGGAAGUCGCCAAUUAUAUCUGGAGUUACGAGAGCUGUGGCGUCCCCCACCGUAUCCCGUCUGACCGACACAACCAAGUUCACCGGUUCUCAUAAGGAGCGUUUUGACGAGACAGGCCGCGGGAAAGGCAAAGCGGGCCGCGUCGACAUGGUCGACAAAUCCGGCUACGUCUCUGGCUACAAACAUGCAGGGUCUUACGAGAAGAAGGUCCAGGGCAAACCACAAUAAAAACCCAUGUGAACAAUCCCCCUGUUCCAUCAACAGACAUGGCAGGGAUUUGUUUCCCGUGAUGUUGGAGAACUGGAACAACGUUUACAUCGACAGACAAGAGACGCAGCCGGCUGGUACAUUCCUCGACAAGAACGGAGAUCAUCAUCAUCAUCAUCAUACAUUCACUUUCAGAAGUAAACUUCAGAAAGGCAGGAAAAAACAGAGAACACAAGUAUCCUAAUGAGUCGUGAACGACGACGUAAUGUUCGACAAGAAAAACGUUUGACCAAAUGUCGACAUUAGCACGUACGAGGUCUAAUCAAACCGUUCGUUACAGACGGCACAAAGGAGGCAGCGAACUGCUCUGUAUGGAAGUGUUCAAGUUCUUCCAGGAACAAACCAUAAGGCAGAAAUAAAUGUAGGUCUGUUAAGCCUUUACGCUUAUCCUUAUAGCUUUAUCCCAGAAUUGUUAGAAACUUAUUAAUGGAUUUUAGCUACACAAAAAGAAAACUUACCGAUCUUAUUAAAGCCAAUUACACGUGGUGUGUGGAAACAUACACAUCAGAUCGAUAUUUUAAUGACUAACAAUGAGAAUAAAAGGGAAAACGUGUACGUCUUCACUCACACCAAGAACAGUAAAGAGAAUACUCUUUAAAAUGUACACAGCCUUAUAAUCAGUACUUUUCUAAAAAUCAGGACUUUUUGAUCAGACCUCAUUCUGUAGGUAGGAAUUAUUAUUAUUAUUAUCUUUUUGCUAUAAAACAAAACAGAACUUUUUUUUUUAAAUUUUCUUUCAGGUUGUUAAAUACUGCCCUUUAUACUCAUGUGUUUUAUGGUGCAUCUUUGCUUGCGAUCAGAUUCCACUCGUACAGGUUUGCGUUUUUUUAUUUUUCGCUAUAAGCCUAGCGUGUCCUAUUCAAAAUCCCUGAGCUGACGUCUACUGAUAUUAGAUGUGAACUUGUGCGGAAGUUCUUAAAUAGUCCCCGAAUUCGACGACUCGUACUCUCGGCUCGUCGACGUCGGUUUAGCUACGUUUUAUAUAUUUGUAUAAUGUAAUGGUUAAUGUUUCUUUCCGUUAUAUAUAGGAUCGAAAAUAUUAAUAGUGUUUCUGAUCGUGUUUUUAUGCUAACGCUUGAUGGCAUAAUAUGAUACACUGGCUGAUACGCUGUUUGCUUCUCCGUUGAUACCCAUCGCACUGAGGAAGUCAAGCGUGGAUCAGAUGGUUGGUUAACGAUAACGCUGUGUUAGCACAAUUUACUAUCUAUACUACUACUAUGCACGACGGCCAUCGCUUACCGAUCGGAUCAGACGUGCGCCGAUGUUACGUCUUAACGUCGUUAGAAGUGAUCCGUUAUAUACCGUAAUCAUCCAACUUUAUCCUGGGAUUACAGAUUUGGCCCAAACAAGGUACCAAGUCAUGCAGCUUCCUCAUAAAUGUGAGCUAUCAAUUUGAAAUAACACGACAGAUCAUCUUAUGAUUAUCGUCUCAUCCCGAAGCCUAACCGAGAGCCAGGAAGAAAUUUAAGUAACAUCUUGAGUAAUAUACAUAUAUUAAAAAAAAAUAAAAAGUCUGGUUACUACUCGUAAUAAUAAUAAUAAUUACAACAUUAUCCAAAUGAGAUUAAACCAGAUUAAAAGAAUCUUGUGGUUUCAGAGCGAGAGACAUGUCCCAUCACGGCACCUUUUAAUCCAUGCUAUUUUUCCAGUCUAAUAAACAAUGUUUACAGUGUUUGCAUUUUAGCCAAAUAACACAAACGAACCUAAAGGUCUAUAAAAAGGUGAUACGAUUCUCUUUUAAUGUUGUAUUACAUACAGGGACUUUAUACAGAAACCAGAAAUUGUUAUAGCAAAAAAAGAAUAUAUAUUAAAAAAAACAAAACUAUAAAUAAACUAGCGGUAUAUACUUUCCGAUGCAAAUUAUGAAACCUUCAUGCUGCCGAUGCAGGCGUCUGUGGUAUUUAAUGUCGUCUGCUUUGAAAACGUCGGGCUAGGAUUCAGGGCCAAAAAACGUGCAGCAUGUUUCCUGGAAGGAAGAAGACAGCAAGUAUAGACAGACAUAUUCUUCUAAAGAACAUCUAUUUUUCCAUUCUCUAGUGUCACACUGUUCCAGUUCAUUCCUGCUUGGAAAGUGACUCAUAUUUCUAUCAAAAGAGCAAGUUUGAAAUAUCGUUGUUGUGUUUUAACAAAGGGUUGCUGUUUUGUGUGCUUCGAACUCCGAAUUCUGUAAAACCCUCGGUUUUUCGAGGAACGAAACGUCGUCUUGUAUUUCGUAUUAUUUUUCUGUGUGUUACGGUGACCUGCUGCAUGUUGUGUGAUAACGAUAGAUAAGAAAAGAUAACGUUCGACAGACCUUUAACUUGUCCGUGUGUUGUAGUAUUGUUCUGAAUAAAAAAAAAAGAAAUAAAAAAAAGAAAGAAAGAAAGACAAGGCCUUGUGUUUUGGCUCCGAUAUUUUUUUCCCCUUCUCAUUACAUUUGCACACCUCAGCAAAUUUUAUAGCAAUGCUUCAAUGAGCUGUUAGUUAAAAAAAAAAAAAAACAACAACAAAAAACUGAUUCCUGACCUGAAAAUAUUUUAAAUAAAUAAAUAAAUAAAUAAAUA